AAAGCCAGACACCGGGCUCCCUCUAUCAUUUUUUGAGGAAACCAUUCGAAUUUCCGAAAAUGUUAGCCAUUUUUCACAAAACUUUCGCACACCCACCUGAGGAACUUAACAGCCCUGCAUCUUUCAGUGGCUCUAAGACGCCUAAACUUCCUAAAGAAACAGUCAAAGAAUUUAUUUCUCGACACCCUCACAAUACUUUCUCUGUUAACUUUGGUGAGGCGGCUGUUCUUGCUUAUGUUCCUCCUGAUCGUACUUCCUCUCUCAGCCAAAGGCUGUUCUGUGGAUUUGAUGACAUAUACUGUCUGUUCUUGGGAAGUUUGAACAAUCUAUGUGCACUCAACAAGCAAUAUGGUCUAUCAAAAGGUUCAAAUGAGGCCAUGUUUUUAAUUGAGGCCUAUAGAACACUUAGGGACAGAGGUCCUUACCCAGCUGAUCAGGUCCUUAAGGAGCUAGAUGGCAGCUUUGCCUUUGUUGUUUAUGACAGAAGGGCUGGAGCUGUUUUUGCUGCCUUGGGGGCAGAUGGAGAAGUGAAGCUCUAUUGGGGAAUUGCAGCAGAUGGGUCAGUGGUGAUUUCAGAUGAUAUGGAUGUCAUAAAAGAAGGCUGUGCAAAAUCAUAUGCACCCUUCCCACCUGGAUGUAUGUUCCAUAGUGAAGGAGGUCUAAUGAGCUUUGAGCAUCCAUUGCACAAGAUGAAGCCAAUGCCUAGAAUUGAUAGUGAAGGAGUCGUGUGUGGAGCUAACUUCAAGGUUGAUGUGUAUACAAGAGUCAACAGCAUUCCAAGAAGAGGCAGUGAAGCUAAUUGGGCCGAAUGGGAUACAAACUAGAUAGAUCUCUCUCUGUGUGCUCUUGAUGUUUUCCCAAUCUCUUUUUCUCUCCCCUGUUCUAACAUCUCUCUCUCUCCAGUGGUUGUAAUUUAGAGAAUAAAGUUUGUGAGUGCCUUCUUACUUCUUUUUUAAAUGUUAAUAAGCAAGUAAAUUGA